AAAAAUUGGUAUAUAAACCCAAAAAAAGAUGUGUAAACCAUCAAACUCAUUUAGUUCUUCGCAACGUUUAGAACCACCAAAAUGAACACCUUCAUCAUUAUCUCCUCUUUGGUAAUAACAUUAUCUUCAGCAUCCCCUUUACAACAUGUUAACGUAGCUGAAGAUACUUUAGGAAACUACAAAUUUGAUUUUGAUCUUGGCGACCAAACGAAAAUCGAAGAACGAAACGCUGAUGGUUCAUUAAAAGGAAGUUUUACCUACGUAGAUCUUGAUGGUCACGAUCAUCAAGUUAAUUACGAAGCUGGCGAGCAAGGAUUUAUUGCUCACAGCGCCGAUAUACCCGUACCAGUUCAAGAUCUUCCGGAGAAUGUUCAAGCUUUCAACCAACACGCCAAAGUUUUCAAUGCUAUCCAAGCCGAUCCCGCUUUUCAAGAAACCCCCGAAGACGAUUUAGAAACUCCCAUCAAUCCGACCGAGUAUCUUAAUGCUCUUCGUGCGAUUUUAUCCGCUGGACAUUUAACUUUUGUUGAAGAUACACCGGAAAAUAAUGAAGCUAAAGAGGAAUUAUUUAGAGCGCAUGCCGUCGCUGUAGGAUUGUAAAAUUAUUUUUUUGGGUUAAUUUAAUUUUUAAUAAAUACGUGAAUAUAA